AGAACUGCCUGUUCAGACCUGGAACAAUAUUUAUUGAACUAGAAAUUAGAAACGAUUGCUAAUAUUAUUAUUAAAUUACUCUGCACAACUAUAGGAUUAUUAUCAUAAUUUUAUGGGUUGAAACCGGGAGCUAUGGUUGUAAUUAGGACCUUUUGCGUACCUAAGCUAAAGGGUCAACAGUCAUAGUCCUGUGCGGCACUUCCUGACAUUUCAAGUUAUUAAAGGUUGUUACUAAACUAAGAAGAGUGAAAGACCGUUGUUUAUGUUAUAUAUACUUUUACUUUUAAUUUAUGUGUUAUUGCCAAAAUAAUAUAUUUUUAUAAUCGAAGUAAGUUUAGUAGAAUUCGGACCCAAAAAAAGAGUGAGAAGUUUUUUUUGUUUUUUUUAAAUAUAAAAAAAAUAUUAUUGUUGCGUUUGUAAGACAAAAUUUGGUAAUCAAAUAAAAGAUAAUUGAAUGGACAAUACUAACUAUAACUAUAAUCCUAUACUAUAACUAUAUCAUUAUAUCCUAUCCUACUUAUAUUAUCCACUGGCUGCUGACACAGUAUUUAUGUUAAAUCUUAGAAAGUCAGUUCUUUAAAAUAUAUUUUAAUUUAUUAAUUAACGUAGCAAUUGAUUUAAUUCUUUAAUAAAAAUUAUAUCCACCAGAGAAAUGGCAGUUUACACAUGGGGUUUUGGUAAAAAUGGCCAACUUGGUUUAGGAAAUAAAGAAACUGUUCACACUCCGCAACCAGCAAAUAAAACAUCUGCUGGACAAAACUUAAAAUCAGUUGUUCAAGUUUGUUGUGGAGGAUUGUUUACAGGUAUAGGAAAAAAUGGCUUGUUUGUUUGAAAACCCUGUAAUCACACUAGUUGACAAUGAUUUUGCUACUGAAAGUAGGCUAUAAAAUGUGUAUUUUAGCGUGCUGAUUCCAAAUAUGAAGUCAGAAUCUGCCUGCCUAGGUUAUCUAGAUUUUAAGUUAUGCAUACAUUCAAGAAAUUUAAAUAACGUAAAUAAAAUGGCCAGUAGUUAGUAGGGUGACAUGUGGCGUAAGAAUAUUAUAUAAUAGGUAGAGCAUAAAAUAAAGUGCUCAAAGUAUAUGCCUUUACUCAAUUCAGGAUUAACCUAGCUUUAUGGUUUCUGAAAAAAAAAAAUGUAAUUACAAAAACUAUUCAGUUUUAUAGAACAAAUUAAGCAAAGAUGAAAUAGCUUUAAUAAUUUUGAGCUAUAACAUUAAAAAUUUUAAAAAAUGUUAGUUUGAAAAAAUGGCAGAAAUAGGAAGUGUCGAUUAUAUUGCGCAUGAACAUUGCCGCAAUAAAAAGUUGAACCCCUCUGUAGCGAAAGUUUUUCUAGGGCUCAACAGGCCUCACUCAGUCUCUUGAUAAUAUAUAUGCAAAUAUAUAUAAACUUAAAAAUAAUAUCUAUUUCUGUAAUGAUUUGAACAGUCUCACUCUGAACUUAGGUUGCGAAUACAUUCCUGAAAAGUGGAGUAUUUUCUUAGAUUCCAGCAAGGCGAGCUUAAAAACAAUAUUGUUGCACAAUUGUUAUGAAAAAUCGUAUCUUCCUAUAGUUCAUGCUGUAAGCCUCAAAGAGACAUGGUUCAAUGAAAAUCAUUUUAAAAGUGAUCAAUAACUCAUAACACAAAUCAAACAUCUUUGCUGACCUGAAAGUGGUAGAACUUCUUCUAGGGUUUCACCUGGGAUACACAAAAAAUGUGUGAUUUUUUUGGUUGUGGAACAGUCAUGAUGACGGCAACCAUUACAAAGGGAAUCAAUAGACUCCUUGAGCUGUGCGCAUUUUUGGUCUGUACAAUUUCAAAACUGAUAGUUGGUUUAUCCAUUAUCCAUUAAAAAUGUGUUUAACACUAGUUUACAUUAAACUUGGUUUCGUGAAAAUUUUCAAUGGAUUGUGAUGAACAAAGUUUUAAGAAUCUAAAAUAGAAAUUUCGAGCAAUCAAAACUGAUGGUUAGCUGAAAGUUAGAAUCUUUAUUGGCCCAGAAGGCCACAAACUGAUGCUUAGCUGAAAGUUAGAAUCUUUAUUGGGGCAGAAGGCCACAAACUGAUGCAGGAUACUUUAUUUAGAAUUAGAACUAAGCUGAACCCCCUUGAGCUUGCCAGAGAUAUGGGAUCCAAGGCUCCACUAAAACAUGGAUCUCUAGCUUCCUCAGCCACCGAUGCCAAGCAGUAGUGGUGGACGGUACAAGCUCCUCCUUUGUCGAUGUGAAGUCAGGGGUCCCCCAGGGAUCAGUGCUAGGCCCCUGCUUGUUCCUAGCAUACAUUAAUGACCUAGAAACUGACAUCACAAGCAAGACUGUUCGCAGAUGACACAGCGGUGUAUAGGACGAUCGCCAACAGAUCUGACCAGGACCAGCUACAACAGGAUCUCAAUUUGUUAGCUGAGUGGGAGAUGAGCUGGGACAUGGAAUUUUACCCUGCCAAGUGCCAGACACUAUCAGUCUCUAGAAGUUGUACUCCCCUACACUAUCAAUACGAACUGCACCGCCAUAUACUUGAGCCAGUUUCCUCCGUAAAGUACCUGGUUGUUACCAUUCAAAGAGAGGUCCGCUGGGACGAGCAUAUUAACAAUGUAUGUAACCAAGCAAACAAGGCCCUAGGGUUCUUAAGGCGAAAUCUAAAGAUUGGCAACUCCUGUGUAAAAGAAAGAGCAUAUCAAGCCUUUGUCCGUCCGGUUUUAGAUUAUGCAUCUUCAGUCUGGGACCCAUUUACCCAGAAGAGCGUUGACAGGUUGGAGGCGGUCCAGCGAUGAGCAGCACGCUUUGUCCUAAACCGCUACAGGAAUACCUCUAGUGUUGGCAGCAUGCUGGAAACACUAGGCUGGUCACCAUUGGAGGAAUGACGACGACAAUCCAGGCUCUCCAUGAUGUACAAGAUAAAUAAUGGGCUGGUCCACUGUUCCAGUAUUAAACAGAAACUCGUCCCUCUCCCUCAUAGACAGCGACGAGGCCAUGACAGGCAAUUCAGGCUCAUACCAGCAAGAAGCCAGUAUAGGAGCUGCUCAUUCCCGCCCAAGACAAUCAGGGACUGAAACAAUCUUUCAAAAGGAACGGUUGAGGCGACAACACCUGACACAUUUGUGUCUAUUGCCUCAAGCCUUCAAACCCCUAGUGCAUGAUUCCCUCACAAAGUGGCACUAGAAAUCAGUGAAAUUUCCUCAUCAACACCUGGAUCAGAAACAUUGCAAAUCCCAUCUACAUGCAUAGGAGCCAAAAUGAUCAAUAAAUUGAUCGUGGGCCUUUAAGAUUUAGAAGAAGAAGAAGGAUGCAUAUACGAUGGUAACACAAAACUUUCUCAAGAAUCACAGAACUAUGCUAACAGUGAUGAAACUCGGCUUCUGAUGUCCCGAAAAUGCAUUUCUUACAAUCUAAUCUGGAUUUUUUACCACCAAACUUAGUUGAUGAAAGUAAUGAGAAUGAAGAGAGAGAUUUCAUCAAGAUGUCUUCCACUUGGAAACAAGGUAUAAAGGCCACUGCAAUUCCAAUAUGAGGGUGAUUACUACUGGUUCAUUCAGCAGGCAACAGCUGCCACUCACAAAUGCAAGAGCAACUUCAUAAAUUACAUUUGAACUUGUAUAGAACAAAAGUGUUGGCUUUUAUCCGAGUAACAUAAAUAUAUUUAUAUUUGAUUUAAAGACUUUAUCAUAAGAUCCUUUUUUCUUACAUUUUAUUUUAUUGGUUAAUAGAUAGAUCUCAGCAUGUUUUUAUUAAGAAUUCUUUGGAUUUUAUUUUUUUUAAUUUAAGAAAUCAAACAUAAAAUUUCAAAUUGUUAACAGGUUAAAUUAAGUUUUGUAAGAAUAAAUAACAUUAGUUUAAUAUUAUCACUACUCUGAGUGUAGUCACACACUUAUAUAAGAAAAUACCAGCUCUUUUCUAUUGUUUGCAUAUCAGAAAAAUUUAAUUUUCACAUGAAGCUGCAUAACUUAAAAUCCUGACGCGCUAUGCAAAAUGGGACUUUAGAUUUGGAAUCAGCAGAAUGGAUUUAAUAUAAACUGGAUUUAGGCUGAACAGGGUUUAGUAUAAGCUGGAUUUAGUAUAAAUCACACGAUGGAUGUCCAUUAGCCUACAAAAUUUUUGUUUUUGUUUUCCAGUGUUGUCAUUAGUCAAUGCUAUUUUGAGAUUUCAUUUUUUCAAGAUGAUUUUUAUGCCUUGUCAGUGCACUUCAACUAAAAAACUUGAUUACAAGCAGAUUAUUUUUGAUUUUCCAGCCAUUGUUACAAGAGAUGGGUGUUUGUACACUGCAGGCUGUGGUAAAUUUGGACGCCUCGGUUUGGGUGAUUCAGAGGAUGAUGUCCCAUUGUUUUCUCUUGUAAACAGCUUUGGUGGUGUCCAGCAGGUGCAAUAGAUUAUGUUAAGUGUAAUAGUUUUUUUUCUUCUAAAACUACAUACAUUUAACCGUAUUUAAAUCUGUAGCUCUUGAUUGCUAUGGAAAACUUGCUGAUCAUUCUAUGCUCUAUUCCCAUUAUGUUCCCUUCCCAUACAAUGUAAUUGAAUGCAACGAGAAAUUCGUUUGAAAAAUUAUUCUCUUUUGAAAAGUAUUUAGCACCAUCUAGUAACGAAUACAAAAUAAUAGAGUACCUUUGAAAACAUUUACUAUAGCUAAUUUGGGAUCAAGCCAUUGAAGUUUAAAAUCCUCUAUUUCUGUCAAAGAUAUCAGGUACAUUUCAGUUAAUUUUUUACUGAAAGGCAGUGAUAAAACUGUGUUGAUGUUAAUUUUGAUCCCAUUCAUGAGAAGGUCUCCUGUGGCUCCUGGCAUGCAGCGGCUGUAACAGUUGAGGGCCAGGUUUACAUAUGGGGCCACAAAAAGGCUUGUGGGAAUUCCAUCACAUCAAGUUCAGAGGGAAGUGCAGCAAUGGGGAUCCCAUCUCAUGUGUCUUAUUUCACAGAAGUGAAAGUGUCAGGUUCGUUCUGAUGAACUUCAUGAUAGUUUAAACUAUAACCUCAGAUUUUUUUCGUCAUCAUUUAUCAUUUUUAUCGUAAUUUAAACUGUAAAGUCUGUCCUUUUUUUUUUUUUUUUUUUUUUUUUUUUUUUUUUUUUUUUUUUUUUUUUUUUUUUUUUUUUUUUUUUUUUUUUUUUUUUUUUUGCUGUGAUUUGAGAUUUUUAAAAUUAUGAGUGCUUCCUUUCUCCCUCACCCCUUUCCUAACCCCUUUAAACUUGACCAUUUACACCAGUUGGGGGUUCGAGCAUGGAGACGGAAAGCCAUGGAUCACUCCGAGUGGAAGGAUGUGGUGGAGCAGGCCAGGGCUGUAGUGCCACUGAUGAUGAUGAUUUAAACUUGACCUCUGCCCCUUUCCUCACCCUUUUCCCUAAGCCAUUUCUCCUCAACACUCACCCUCACCUUUACACAUUGUGUUCCAGUCCUUACUUCUCUCCCCUUUACAUCCCAACCCCCACCACCACACACUAACUUAUAAUAUAAACUAUAAAGUAUGUCUUUUAAUGUAAUUAAGCAAAUAUAUAAAAAAAAACGAUUUAAUUUCCAGGUGUUGCUUGUGGUCACAAUUACACCUAUGUAUGGACUUCAGAAGGACGGGUAUAUUCCUGGGGUCGGGGCCAACAUGGUGUGCUGGGCCAUGGGUCUGACCGUGACAUUCUCUCACCAACUAAGCUGGAGCAGCUCUCCGAGUUUAUUGUUGUGGCUGUUGAUGCUGGCUACAGCCAUUGUGGGACAGUCACACAAUGCGGACUUUUGUUCGUGUCAGGUAUCCUUGUCACAUACACCAUACUUAAGUUUUUCCUGUCAGGAAUUCUUGUCAGGUAUUCUUGUCAAAUACUACAUAUUUUAGUUGUUCAUGUCAGGUAUUCUUGUCACAUACAACACAUUUUAGCUGUUCAUAUCAGGGAUUCUUGUCACAUACAACAUAUUUUCAUUGUUCAUGUCAGGUAUUCUGGUCACAACAAAAUAUUUUAGCUGUGAAAAGUCGAGUCUCAUAAUAGAAAUUUCUUCUCAUGUUUGCAUUGAGAUAAUUUAAUGUUUUUCUUCUAACUCAGUUAGAGCUGUUAAAAAGAUUUGGUCAACAAGGUGCUGACACUAAUGCUUAAAAUAAAAUUGUGUUCUCAAGCAAUGAUGAAAAACUUUAUAAUAACAUCAUUGAUAACCAUUUGUAUUCAUAAGUGCUUAGUUUAAACAGGAACUUUCAGAACAUUCCUUUUUACCCACCUUGAACAAAAUAUUUUACAGCAAUAUACAUAAUCAAGAACAUGUCAACUGGGAAUAAUGAUCUGAAAUCAAAGACCCUAGUGCUAAGAGUGCUUAUGUCACAUUUUUGUCACGAUCAAUCUUAACUGUAAUGUCCUUAUCCGGUUUAGCCAAGUGUACUGCAUAAAUCUGAACACAUUAAAAUGUACCCAAGUCUCUUAUUUAAACAAACUAAAAUAUAAGAAUGACCAAAUUUUAUGGGCGAGAAGAAUCUUUGAACUGGAUCAUCUGAAAAUGGGUAUUUUUAACUUAAGUAUUUUUAGCACUGAGGUCUUCCAUCUCUCUUUAAGAAUUCCUGAUAAUGGCAGCAUUUGUUUUCUCCAUAAGAAUUUAUGAUAAUGGCAGCAUUUGUUUUCUCUAUUAGAAUUUAUGAUAAUGGCAGCAUUUGUUCUCUCUUUAAGAAUUUAUGAUAAUGGCAGCAUUUGUUAUUUCUAUAAGAAUUUAUGAUGAUGGAAGCAUUUGUUCUCUUGCUUGCGUGACAAAAUUUUAAAUUCUUAAGCCUCUCAUGAGAUUAAUUUAUAAACCAUUUAUUCUCCUAUAGAUGUAUAUUUUUUUUAUAAACCAUUUAUUCUCAUAGGUAUGUCUGAUAAUAAACCAUUUAUUCACCAAAGUCUUUGCAUUCAUCCACAUCAAGGUAAAGGUUCUGAUGGGGCGCUUGGUCAGGGACAGUCACAACUUACUGAUGUAUACAACCCAACUAAGUGUGACACUGCAGGAUGCCAUAUCAGCUCUGUCAGCUGCAGCAAGGGAGAACACCAUGGCCACACACUCGCCUUGACUAAACAGGGGGAGAUGUUAGUCUGGGGAGAUGGAUAUAAAGGGAAGCUUGGCCUUGGAGACCAGGUCAGUUCAUUGUCUUUAAUUAGUGUUUCUCACAUUAGAUGUUUUUUUUUAAAUCUUUGGUUCUUAGGGCAAUUAUAUGGCCUUGAAAUUUGAAACAGUAAUAGUUAUGACGGAAAAUAUCCUUAAUAAUUAUGGCAGAUAAAUUCCUCAGAAGUUAUGACUGAUAAAUUCCUAAUGUUUCACAGAUUAUUGAAGGACAUUUUUAAAUUCAAAUACACUUGAUCAAAUUUAGAUUUUUUUAAAUGACUAAUCAUUGUGCUAUAUUACUGACUCAAAAUUCAUGCAUUGUCUAUUUUGCAUGCAAAUAUUUUAUAAAUAAAUUUAGCAUAAUAAUGUGUUCUACGUUGUGUCCCACAGAAAUCAAGGUACACCCCCACUCCAGUGCCCAAGGAGUACUUCAACAAUGAAGCUGUUGUCUCCAUAUCCGCUGGGGGCAUCCACAGUUCUGCUGCAACCAGUAGUGGCUCGGUGUACACCUGGGGGUGUGGCAGUGACGGACGGCUGGGUCACAGGGAUGGUCAAGGUCACAGGUACCUGUUUCGGUCAGAUGUGCCAAGAAAGGUGGAAGAGCUGCCUCAAAACGAGCUGAACACAGCGUCAGUGAGUGCGUCAUACUAUCAUACAGCAGCGUUGUUCAGUUGAGAUUAGUUUCAUUGUCUCUAAGAACAUAUAUUUUUUAAUUUAGUUGUCACCAAUCUGCAUCAUGCAUAUCCUUGGCUAUUGGGGGGGUUGUCACAAGACAAUUGGCUAGAAUUGAGUUAGCCUGGCUCUUCGACUGAAACAAAUCUGAAUCACUUUUAUGUUUAUAUAACAAACUAUCCCUUUGUUAUAAUGAUUCAAUAAAUCUUGAUAUAAAAUGACUACUAAAGAUUUGUUUUACCAUUAUGUUGAUGGCAUGUUGUACAGCUACUGAGAGCUCCACUACUAGAAAUACAGACCUGUUAACUCUUAUGAUUUUGGCAUACAAUGUACAAUUUUGAGGUACGAUACAUUAAAUAUACUGUAUGUUUAUUUUUUUAACUAUUAAGAUAAUGUAUUGAACGAUUUUGUGAUGAUAUUGUACGAUUUUAAGAGUUUGAUGGUAAACAGG